UAACACAAUAAGAAAAGCAAAGAGUAUUAUUGCAAGGGUUUUCUAAAAUAAUAUUUUCGGAAGAGACAUGUGAUGAUAUUUCCACAGCGAGGAGUACGAUAAACAAAAGCGCAAAGAAGAUAUUCUGUGAAUGGCGGCAAUGCAACACCCUGGAGUACAAACGGCCUCUACAAACCACAGAAGAAGAACGGGGCAUUUAUGAUGCACACCCUCCGCCAAUAUGAAGGCACCCAGGGCAGUGUCUGCCUUUGAUUUUAAAGAAUAAGCCUUGUUAUUUCUACAAGUGCUGAAUCCACUACCUGGACUAAAGUAGAUGCGACGCCGAAUUAAUAUCUUGGUCCUGCAGAAUGUCCAAGAUCAGGCGGAAGGUAACAGUGGAGAAUUCAAAAACCAUAUCUGAUAGCAGCAGCAGCAGCAGCACCACGACCAGCAGCACCAGCAACCCCGCCGCCCCCUCCCGCCGGCCCAGUGUGUUUGAACGACUCGGCCCCAGCACUGGGAGUAAUGCUGCUGAUAGUCACUGUAGAAAUUGGCUGAAGACCGGUAAUUGCAGUUACGGCAACACUUGUCGCUACACACAUGGAACUCAGCCACGAGGCAAAGGAUUUAGCUUUAGUCGGUCAGCCGAGAGACCCACAGGUGAUCUGCGGGAGAGGAUGAAGAAUAAAAGACAGGAUGUUGACCCAGAAAACGUGAAGCGAGACCUAGACGAGCCCACAUCCCCCACAGCGAAGCAGAGAGACUCCUCCAGAGGCCGACACAGGGAAAAGGAGGAUAUAAAGAUUACAAAGGAGCGCACCCCAGCCAGUGAAGAAGAGCCCACAGAGUGGGAAACCAAUCGUGAAGACUCCGACAUCGGUGACUACGACUACGAGUUAUCACUAGAGAUGAAGCGCCAGAAGAUUCAACGUGAGCUGAUGAAAUUGGAGCAGGAAAACCUGGACAAGAGGGAGGAGAUUUUCAUCAAGAAAGAUGAGGCCCCCACCAAAACAAGAGCCACCGCCAUACCGAAGGCCUCCCCAGAGCCGUUAAGCAAUAAAGAUUCACCCACAGCCAGGAAGUCCACUGGAUCCCCCAAACACAAAAGUGCAACCAAAGGCCCAGGCUCUGGGAAGAAAGAAAAGAAGGCCCCACUGUCCUCACCUGUUUCAGAAUCUACCAGGCCUUCAAAAGGGAGCCACAGUAAGAAGAAAGGGCCCCGUACCCCCAGUCCUCCUCCUCCUGUCCCUCUGGACAUUCCUGUGAUGGGGAAGAAACACAAAGGCAAGCACAAAAACAAGGAGAAGUCUGAGGAGAAGCUGAAGGAAGCCAAAGAUCGGGGGCGAGAUGCAGAAAAACACAAAGAGAAGAAGGAGAAACGCAGGGACCGAUCAGACAGCUCCCACAAGGCAAAGCGGUCAGUGACGUCAGAGGAGCGUUCUGGAAGCGUGUCAUCUCCCUUUAGGGGCACUUCACCACCAGCCAGGAAGAAAUCCACCUCUCCUAAAGCUUCGUCCCAUAAGACGCCUGUGCUGGCCUCUCCUCAUCGCAGGUCUCCCACUCCUCCCCGCCACCAUCGCACCCCGACUCCUCCCCGCCACCACUCGCCCUCCUCUCACUCUGGCUCCUCUGCCCAGCGGCACUCUUCAUCUCCCCGCCGACGCCGCUCGUCCUCUCUUACGUACCACCGGAGCACGGCAGCCCCGGCCUCUGCCUCCUCCCCUCCAAGCUCCCGGCGCUCCCGAUCGCCUCCUGCCUCCCACGACCCCUCCUCGCCCCACCGCCGAUCUGACCGAUCGAGCCCCGGCCAGCGGCGCUCCAGAGGCCGCGAGAGGAGCCGGGGUGAAAGAGAGAGGAGUCCGCCUGCUCAGGAGCGCAGACAUGAGCGCAGAGAUGAAAGCCGCAGCAAGCGAGAGAAGGACAGCGUCCGCGACGACCGGGACUAUGACUCUGAACAGGUCUCGUCACGGGACGCUCGCGACGACCGGGAGACCAGAGACGCUCGCGAGAGACGGGACGCUCGCGACCGAGGAAGGGAAACGGCCCGCGACCACCGAGACAACAGGGACGUAAAGGACUCCAGAGAGAGCAGGACGGAGACUCGCUCCAGUCGAGAGUCGCUGGAGCGCCGUGACCGCGAACGGGAACGAGAGAGGGACCGGGAAAGGGAGAAGGACAGAGAGCGAGAAAAGGAAAGGGAAAGGGAGCGAACAGACACCCACAGGAAGGAGGAACCGGCUCAGGACGACAGGAGUUAUGGGAGAGGUCAUGGACGCGAAGAUGGAGGGCGUGCUGAUGGAAGGACGGAGAACAGGACGGACAGAGCUGAGAGGAACGGACGAGGGAGAGGGCGUGCUAAUGAAACAUCUGAUAAAGGCUCAAACAGAAACUCCCGGGGUUCCCAACUGGAAAGCAGCCAUGACAGCUGGGAUCCACGGAGUAGCGCGGUGCGCGAACGGAGCACGGAGAGGAGCACGGAUCGCAGUGCGACCGAAAGAAGCUCUGAGAGGGGUUCAGACCGAGAUCGCUAUGACGGCGACAGGAGAGGAGAGCACGCCCGAGACUCCUCGUACGACAGGAGAGGAGGGCACGGAGAGCGGGAUCGCAGAGACAACCGAGAGAGAGAUCAAAGAGCAGCCUCACCAAAUAGACACCAGGGGAGAUCAGAGGAGUCUGAGAGGGAGGAGAGGAGAGAGGAGCGGAGGACAGAUAGAACAGAGGAGAGGCGCGAUGACAGGACCCGUGACCGGGAGCGAGAGAGGGACAGGGAGCGGGAGAGAGAGAGGGAGAAGGAAAAGGAGAAGGAGAAGGACCGAGAGCGAGAGAGGGAGAAGGAGCGAGAGAAAGAGGCCGAGAGGGAGCGGGUCAGGGAGCGGGAACGGGAGAGGGAGAGAGAGCGAGAGAGGGAGCGAGAGAGGGAAAGGGAGCGCGAGGAGCGGGAGAGAGAGAGGGAGGAACGGGAGAGGGAGCGAGAGAGGGAGAGGAAGGAGCGGGAGAGGGAGAGGGAGAGGGAGAGAGAGAGGGAGCAGAGGGAGCUGCGGGAGCGAGAGAGGCAGCGGGAAUGGGAGGAGCGAGAGAGGGGAAGAGAUGAAAGGCGGGAGAGGAGAGAUGACGACCGGCCCGUUAGAGAAACACGGGACGACCGCAAGACAAGUCGUAAGAGGCCCAGGGUGGAGAGCAGCCCGAGCCCCCGAGCCUCUCCUAAGCGAGCAACUCGGGACCUCAGUCCGGCAGACAGCGAUGGCUACAACAGUGCAGAAGAGAAAAGUGAGCGUCUGAUUGGCCGAGGGCAGGCCAAGCCCCUCCCACAGCCCCUCCUCCCCAGCCCAGUGUGUCCGCCUCCAUUGGACAGUGCUGACAAAAAUCGUAUGCUGAGCCAGGUGGUGCGGCCCCAGGAGCCCUUGUUGCGUUCUCCGCUGAGGGCUGCUCUAUCGGAUGAGAAGCCCAGCCACUGGAAGGAUGAGGAGCGCAGAGGUGCCGGGGACAAAAGGGAAAUGCGCAGCCGCCAUGAGGACCUGGAGCCUCGUGCGGAACGGAUUAGAGGAGGCGACAGACGAGGAGAGCAUCUUGCAGACGCCCCAUCUGACUCCCGUAGCAGAGGCAGAGAGCAACGAGAGUCUACGCCGCCUCCCCCUCCUCCAGCACUCGCACCUGGCAGUGAAGACAGAGACACCGCUGGCUCCCAGUCCCAUGAGGAGGGCAAAAAGAAAACAAAGUUGCAGAGGAAGGGCUCGAAGAAGGGUCGCAAAGAAGAGGAGGUUGGCGGUGGCAACAGCCUGGCUGGUGCAGGAGAUCGUUUCAACCCCGAGCCCCCAGCCAGCGGUCCUGCAGAUGGGCCUUCACCCAUACUCUCACCCAGGAAAGUAGCCAAGAAGAAGGCGGCGCUUGAACGAAAGAGGAAACGGUCACGAGAAUCCGAUGUGUCUGAUGAGGACUCAUCUGCCCCUCAGCCACAUAAUAAGAGGAAGAGAGGUCCCCGGACGCCACCACCCUCAAUGAGGCCUGAUCAUCGCGGUACUGGAGGCAACACAGAGCCAUCUCCUCUGACCAAAAUGGACCAUUUCAGUGACUGGUCAGAUGAGGAGGUCACAGACCGAGGAGCACCGCUGGAAACGCAAGCUCCACUGGCUCCUGCUGAGAGGACUCCUGCUGAGCCUCUUAAGAGAGGGGUUGGUCUCAGGGUGGGCAGGGACAGGGAGCGGUGCAACCCUACUGCCAUCGCCCCGCUGCUCCAAGAUCCUUCGAUGCUGCUGCCGACUCUGACUCCGCAGCCCCUCAUGUCCCAGCCCAUGCUCCGCAAACUUCCCCCAGAGCAGACGCGCAGCAGCAGCAUGGGAAGCAACCAGAGCCGUGCGUCAUCCAGACGCCUGCGAUCACCCUCCAACGAGUCAGCCCAUCGAGAUGACCCGCAAGGUCCACGAGCCCGCCGGGGCAGGCUGCAGGGCGCCAACUCACGGGACCGAGAGAGGGAAAGGGAGAGAGAACGGGAGAGAGACAGGCCGGUCGUGAGUGACCCUCCGGUGGCCGAGAGAAAGUCUCGAAUUGACCAGUUGAGGAGAGGAGAGCCCAGCCGCAGCACCUCCUCAGACCGACAGGAUUCCCGCAGCCUCAGCUCCAGGCGCAGCUCUCCUGACUCUGAGAGGCAGGCCAGGUCCAUGUCCCGCGCCGGCUCCUACGACAGUCGCGAGCGGGAGAGAGACAGGGACCCGUUUGAGCGGGAGCGAGACCGAAAGGACCUCCGGCCUCAGCCGCUGCCGCCGCAGCCCCAGCAGCAGCCCCUGCUCCUCCAACAGCCCCUACAACAGCAGAGAGACUGGGAGCCCGAACCUAGGGACUGGCCUAGCAGGGGACGGGAGCCCCUACUGAUGCGUCCAGGCCGGGAACCUCUCCUGAGGGAGCGGGAUAUCAGGGACAGGGAACGCUUACUCCCUGAAGGACUCAUCCAGCAGCACGAACGGGAGCGGGAGAGAGAGAGGGAGAGAGACAUUAGAGGUGACAGAGGCGGCGAUCGAGAGAGGGAGAGGAUGAUGAUGAUGAUGGAUCUACCGCCUCACGGGGACCCCAGGGUCCCGGGACGAGGAGACCUGAGGGGCGAUAUGAGAGGAGACCUGCGAGUGGACAUGAUGCGACAGGAGAGGGGCGACUAUGAGCCUCUGCUGCCAAGAGAAGCCUUCAGCCCUCCAGAGCCGGAGAAACCGAGCAACAGUCACCAUCUCAUGGGAGAGCAACGGGAGCUGGAGAAGACGGAGAGCAUCGACGGAGACGACGAUGGCAAAGAAGAUGAAGGCCAGUCAGUCGCAUCUGUGGGAGAGGAGUAUGAACCGAUCAGUGAUGAUGAGCUGGAUGAAAUUCUGGCUGACAGCCAGAAAAAAGAGGAUCAGCAAGACGAUGAAAAAAUUACAGGUCCUCUGGAUGUCAUUGAUGUGGACUGGUCCAGCCUGAUGCCCAAACAGAAGCAGGAACCCCGGGCAGCAGGGGCAGCUUUGCUCCGGUUCACCCCAGGGGCCGUGCUUCUUAGGGCGGGCAUCUCCAAGCGACUCGCUGGGCCUGAGCUCCUGGAGCAAGUCAGAGAGGUGUGCAAGUCCGAGCUGGACGACCCCAAAGAUGCUGACAAGCUGUUUGAGCAUGACCUGGGGGCCCUGAAUAUGGCAGCCAUGAACAGGCGGGUGGAGAGGGCAGGUUUACUGAGAAACCUCGGGCCCUGUUGCAAGGCCCUGUGUGCCCGCAGGGACUUCGCCAUCCGCCGGCAGCUGUUAAAGAAUGACAAGGGCCAAACCAAGCAGUACCCCACUACGCCCGUGGUAGACAACGAGCUGCUGCAGAUGAGCAUGCGUCUCUUCAGAAGGACCAUGAGUGGCCAGGCCUCUGGCCCAGAAAGGUCCGACAGCGGGUCAGCACCGGCAGCCGAGGUUGCUCCAGCUGGUAGUAGUAAGCUCAGCACGGCACAGCCUGAGGUGUGUGUGUCCUGAAAGAAAUGGGUUUAACGAGUCAAACACAUGAAAGUGAACACGUCUAACUCUCCCUGACUCUGUCCCAUUCCAUUUCAUACAUAGCCUUUUUAGUCGUGGGAGGAAAUAAAGGAAAAGAGCAAAAUUGUGAAUCUUACUCAGUAAUGCUUUACAUGUUUUUGAUGAUCUGCAAGUCCCGUGCCAUAGACUACUGGACAUUCUAGCCUAUGGAGGUUUGUAAUGAACCAUGUAUGAGAAGCAUAAAACAACCUAAAAUGACUUCAUGUUUUUGUUUUGUGCAUUACAAUGUUUUAGAGCAGCUUUUUAAUUGUCAGUUUCACCUGCCUAACCAAUUUCAAAUGACUGUUUUUGUUUUCGCAUAUUGUGCAUUGGUUACUACGACUGUGCAUUAAAAUGCUUAGAUGUUGAUUUUUGUGACGGGUCUUUUGCUUUGUAUGAAGUGAGCGUUCAGCCUUUUAAAUGUGACACUUGAUGUUAUCACUAUUUUUGUUUACAUCAUAUUACAAAAUAUCUGCAGUGCAAAUCUAUAGCAUUUGCUGCAGAGUGUUACUGACCAACAACACUGAAACAUCCUGCAGGGACUUGAAUGAACGUUUUUCAUGAAAUAAGCACUGCCAAACUAUUCCUUCAUUGAAUGUAAUUUGUUAUAACUGUUAGUCAUUGAAAACAAUUUUUGCUUUUUGCUUGAUGUGUUGUGUUUUGAAUGGUUUGGCAAUGUCUCCCUGAAAUGAACUGAAGUGAUUGCAGAGCACACUAUAGACUGCAGAGUACCAGAUCUCCAAUACUGCCAUGUGGAAGUCCUCUCCUUAACAUUCACCAGCCCAAACCAUCCAAAAAGGAGCCAAAAUGUUCCCAAUAGGAAAAAAACACUAGACUGCUUAGAUAAAGAAAUGACUAAAAGGAUAAAUCGUAUGAACCUUUUAUGUGUUCCAGUGGUUGACCGUCCAGAGUCCCAAUAAAAAGACUUGUACAGGUGGAUAAACUGAACCUCUGGGAUGUGGUUGUAUCAACACUCUUAGUUCAACAAGUGACACUUGAAAAGAGCAGGUUGUGCAUGCUGUGAGUGCUUGGACACAUAUUCAAUGGACAAACCAGCUUCAGUGUUGCACAAAAACGCUUAAAGAACAUAAGAAUGGAAAAAAAAAAAAAAAAAGCUGUUAUCUUAGAGAGCCCUGGAUUCAACAUGGCACCUUCUCCAGGGCAUGCAACUGUGACUUGAAAUCUGAGUGACAUUACAGACAUGGAGCGAUUGGGCUCUGGUGUAACCCGCUAUCUUUUAGUCGGAUCUUUGAGCUGUUGGAAAACAUUUUUACUACUACAUAUUUAUUUUGUCUAAGGAUCAAGGUCAGCUUUGAGAUGUGCAAGUAAUGAUAUCUGGUUUAAGGCUGUAUUUUUUUUAUUUUAUUUUUUUUAUUGUAAAAAUAAAUGUAGAAUGACAUUUUUACAUUGUAAUGACAUUUUGCCAGAUAAGGACAACUGGGGACCUGAAGGAAUUAAAAUGUAGUGCAGGUUUAUCACAUUACAUUACCACAAUGAGCUAUGAGGACAGCCACUAGAUCCAAGCUUUUGCAUUUAGAGGUAAGUGCCGAAGUUUACAUAUAACCACAACCACUUUAGUUUUUUUAUCCUAAACUUUGACAGUAAAUCUGAUGGUGUAAAUACGCAAUUUUAUAAUUUGUACAAUGGUGUUAAAAUUACAGCUUUUGGGCAUUAUUUUUGAGGUUUGACACCAGUGUUUGAUAAAGACUUAAGACAAGAUAGAGGUGUCUCAGCUGGUUGUAGACCUCGUAAGCCUAACACAAAAUAAAAGAUCUUUUAUAUUG